AUGGCUGCGGACGAAGAGCGCCCGCCAGCUGAGGAGGCAGCAGAAUGGCACUUCAAAGCUCCGGCUUAUGAGGCUGAGCUGGCAAAGCUUCGUGCCCAGCGCGAGGCUCUGCGCCAGGAGGAGAUUGCUGCGAUUAACCGUCGCGAUGCAACAGUGGCUGAAGGGAACAGGCGCGAACAGGAGCUGCUCGACGCCGCUUCCGCUGCAGAGGGCGCUCGGGUCGCCGAGUUCGCAGCGCUGCGGGAGCGGAUGGGUGAGGUGAAGGACAAGGUGCAGGACACCUUAAUAGAAGCUGAGGAGAAGGAGCUUUCCUUGGCAGAGGGGUGCCGCAGCCUCCGUGCCGAGCGCCUGGAGAUUGAGAAGGGGCUCCGCGAGGAAGCCGCAAAGCUCCGUGCUGUCACGCACCGCAUCGAAGAGCUCGAGGAAGCCGAGCGCUCGGAGCUCCAGCGCAUGGCCGCGGCGCACGCGGCCGUUCGCGAGGCAGCUCGGAAAAGGAGCAAGGAGCUGCAGGACGAGACAGAGAAGAAAGCCAGGGAGAUCAGGAGCGACCUGGUCAUUCAGCUCGAAAAGGUCCAUGCCGAGCUCAAGCAGGCAAAGCAGGGCGUCUACGAGGGCGUCCAGACAGAGGUCGUGCGUCGGCAGCAGGUUGUGUCGACGGUGGACGAUGAGAUCAAGAGCAUUGACAGAGUGGUCAAUGAUAACCUCGAGGAGGCCAAAGGCCGUGCUCGCCACCUUGAGGAACGCGCGCAUCGAAUGAUCCAGGAGACGCAGGUAAGAGACUUCGCGCUUGAAGCCGAGCUUUGCGACCACGUCGCCCGUGCGGUCGCUGCGCUGGACGUGGCGUCGACUGUGAAGGCCGGCGCGGCAGUGGGGCACAAGGACGCUGAGAGGCGGCGCCGCGGAACCGCCAAGGCUUUGGGAGACGUGUUCCCAAGAAGCACCAACUUCAACCUCGUGGGCAUGCACACGGCAAAGUCGCGUGUUGGCCCGCUACCCCUGAGCGUGGACGCUGUCCCGAAUGCCUGA